AUGUACUGGCUUGGUAAGAGGAAGCCUAGAAACUACAUUUUAGGUUUUGAUUUCUCCGAUGAGACAUUCAAGGACAUAUGUCUUUGUCCAUGUGAUUCUCAUCUCCCUUAUGAGGAUAACUACCUAGCCGGCUUCAAUGGGGAUUGCUUGUCUUUGCUAGAACAGAACCAAGAAAAACCAAGUUCAAUCACGGUGUGGGUUUCGAACAAGUUGGCUAAUGGAAACGUCUUGUUCGUCAAAUACUUCACUGUGGACACCCCUGAACUCCCGGCGUUACAUUCCAUUAAAUAUAGGGCUCCUACUGGCCUGAUUCUUUAUGAAGUUGAUCAUGAGGCUGGGAUAAUUAAUCAACGUGAGACUGCACGAGACUACAUGGAUGACUAUGCUGGCAUCUUGUUUUGUGGCUAUGUGUACGUGUCAAGCCUAGUCCCUCUUCCAUGCUAA